CAAGAUAUAAUUUGGACCUCCUAUUGUCCACCCCACCGCUAGACCAUUCCCCUGCGUUCCUUUCGCCAGUUCAUCUCCCAUCGGACGGUCCUGCUUUAGCCCUUCCCCGCGCCGUCGCACGGCCGCGAGUCAGCGACAUGCCUCCUCCCCGCCUCGCGCUCCCGCCGCCCGCCGACGCCCUACGCCGCUCGUACCUCCGCCUCGUCGCGCUCUCCUCCACUCUCCGCCACCUCGACCAGCUCCUCGCCGUCUCCCUCGCUUCCGGCCACUACGCGCUCGACCCCGCUCCGGCCACCGCGCUCCUCCUCCGCUACGCCUCGCUCCGAGCCCCUCCCGGCCACCUCCUCCGCCUCUUCAGCGCCUUCCCCCGCCCCGACCGCUUCCUCCGCAACGCGCUCCUCCGCUCCCUCCCGUCCUUCCGCCCGCACCUCCUCUUUCCCUCCCCGGACUCAUUCUCCUUCGCCUUCGCCGCCACCGCGCUCUCCUCUUCUUGCUCACGUGGAGACGCCGCGUCUCCUUCCGCUGCCGCCCGCCCGCUGCACGCGCUCGCCGUGGCUGCGGGGUACGCAGCGGACACGUUCGUGGCGUCAGCUUUGGCCAAGCUCUACUUCAAGCUGUCGAGAGUUGACGACGCACGCAAGGUGUUCGACGCGGUGCCGUCGCCGGAUACUGUCCUGUGGAAUACUCUGCUGGCUGGGCUGUCCGGUUCGGUGGCCCUGGAGGCGUUCGUGCGGAUGGUGGAGGCAGGAAUGGUGUGGCCGGACGCAACCACCCUUGCAUCUGUCCUACCGGCGGCCGCAGACGUCGCAGAUAUAGAGGUGGGGAGGUGUGUCCAGGGAUUUGGGGUUAAGUGUGGAUUGGCAGAGCAUGAACAUGUUGUGACUGGGCUGAUUUCGCUGUACGCCAAGAAUGGGGACAUGGAGUGUGCACGUCGUCUCUUUGACAGGAUGGAAGAGCCAGAUUUGGUUACCUACAAUGCUUUGAUCUCAGGUUACUCGGUGAAUGGCAUGGUUGAAUCAUCAGCGGAGCUGUUCAAAGAGUUGGCAGCCUCGGGUUGUAGGCCAAACUCGAGCACAUUGGUGGCGGUGAUUCCUGUGUACAGCCCAUUCGGGCAUGAGCUGCUUGCUCGGUGCUUACAUGCAUUUAUUGUCAAGUACAGGUUUGAUGCAGAUGCUCUGGUAUCGACAGCACUUACCACUUUGUACUGUAGGUUAAAUGAUAUGGAGUCUGCGAGGAGCAUAUUUGAUGCAAUGCCAGAGAAGACCAUGGAAUCAUGGAAUGCAAUGAUAUCUGGGUAUGCCCAGAACGGCUUGACGGAGAUGGCAGUUGCACUUUUCCAGCAAAUGCAAGCGCUCAAUGUGCAGCCGAAUCCCAUCACUAUUUCGAGCACUCUCUCGGCCUGUGCACAGCUUGGAGCUUUGUCCCUGGGAAAGUGGGUUCACGAGAUCAUCACCAAGCAGAACCUUGAGCUCAAUGUCUAUGUCAUGACAGCACUCAUUGACAUGUAUGCAAAGUGUGGAAGCAUUGCUGAAGCUCGGAGCAUCUUUGACAGAAUGGAUAACAAGAAUGUGGUCUCCUGGAAUGCAAUGAUAUCUGGAUAUGGCCUCCAUGGCCAAGGUGCUGAAGCUUUAAAGCUCUACAAGGACAUGCUGAAUGCACACCUUCUGCCAACAAGCUCUACCUUCCUGUCGGUCCUCUACGCGUGCAGCCAUGGAGGGUUGGUCGAGGAAGGGCGGGCAGUCUUCCAUGUAAUGACUAACGUGUACAAUAUCAGUCCAGGUAUCGAGCAUUGUACUUGUAUGGUGGACCUCCUUGGCCGGGCUGGCAAGUUGAAGGAAGCUUUUGAGCUCAUCCCUAAAUUCCCCAAGAGCGCAAUUGGACCUGGUGUGUGGGGGGCACUGCUUGGUGCUUGCAUGGUCCAUAAGGAUAGCGACCUUGCAAAAGUGGCAUCCCAAAAGUUGUUUGAACUAGACCCAGCGAACACAGGCUACUAUGUGCUCCUCUCUAAUCUCUACACAUCCAAGAAGCAUUACUCUGAAGCAGCUCUGGUGAGGCAGGAGGCUAAGAGCAGGAAGCUGGUGAAAACACCGGGGUGUACUCUCAUCGAGAUAGGUGACAAACCGCAUGUCUUCAUGGCUGGCGACUGUGUGCACCCAGAGUCAGAGGCCAUCUAUUCAUACUUAGAGAAGCUAACCACAAAGAUGAUUGAAGCUGGGUACCGACCUGUGACGGAGGUGGCAUUGUAUGAUGUUGAGGAGGAAGAGAAGGAGCACAUGGUGAAGGUGCAUAGCGAGAAGUUGGCCAUAGCCUUUGGGCUGCUCAGCACAGAGCCGGGGACAGAGAUCAGGAUCAUCAAGAACCUUAGGGUCUGCCUGGACUGCCACGACGCUACCAAGUUUAUAUCCAAGGUGACACAGAGGUUGAUUGUGGUUAGGGAUGCGUCGAGGUUUCACCAUUUCAGAGAUGGGGUUUGCUCCUGCGGUGAUUACUGGUGAUAACUUGAAAUGCCUCUGGUCUAACAGAUAGCUGAGAUUCUUUUGGAAUAAUUGUUCCUGAGGAGCAUCGCAUUGGGCUCAAGAGUCAACAUUUUUUUACUGCAGAGGCAUCAGUUCAAUUUUGACGGGAUAGGUGCCAGAACUGGCCACUAAACAGCAUGGUAGAUUUUGGACUUCCCAGCAUGGGCCUAGAUUUCGUCGACCAAAUCUGCAGUCUCACUAAUUUGCACCAAGUUGUACGACUUAUGGCGAAAUGAAGCCUCUGCCAGCUUCAAUGUCAUUCACAAAAAGAUAUUCUCUGAAACAAGCAUGGAUGUACAAUAUCAUAAAUUGAAUACAAGUGCCAGUCGGCACAAGAUAUCAACUAGAGAACCAGUAAUCCUACAGAACAACACAUCUUUUGCUUCAACUGUUGGAACCUUUUGGUCGAAGAUGAGGUCAUUUCUAACUGUCCAGAAUUCCAGAUGCUCCAGCACAUACAGAAUAAUAAUCUCCAUGAAGAAAGGUUGCGAGAUAGUGCUUCUGAAAUGCAUCAGGGGUUGCCAUUGGAUCAUCCAGAAUGGAGACUUGUAGCCUAAUUAUGUCUCAGCAGCUCUGUACAAAUGGACAGUAGAGGAAUAGAUGUUCAACUGUUUCUUCGAUCUGAUCAGAGCAAAUAAUACAAUUAUACGACUGGAGAACCAUAUUCUUGCGGUGCAGCAACCCUCUGGUACCCAUCCUGUCCUUCAGUAACAACCAGAAAAAGACUAUGCUUUAUUUGGCAUGAAAACUUCCACAACCAAGUGAAGGCAGGAUGAAUUUCUUGGUAGCCUAUCAGUCUUUUGUAAACUUUGACCGAGGAAAAGGCAUUAUUCCCCCAAAUGUAUGUCCAGGUCUCGUGCUCUUCUGUGAAAUUCAGACUUUUGAUCUGGUGGCUGAACUGAUUGAACUGAUUAUAAGCUUGAGUGGACAUUGGCAAUUGGAAGAGAGUAUCAUAAGCAUGAUGCAACGUUACCUUAUUUCAUGCAUAUGAAUAUAACUCCGGAAACUGCAUAUAGGGGAUUAUGCCAUGCAAACACUGUAUGCCCAUCUCCAAUGAUUAUUGUUGCUAGGCUUGGACGUAUCAAGAAGCUUGAUUAUGUCUCUCCACCAGAAAGGUCCCCUUGCUGAUUGGUCUGGGAAGCGAUUGUUUACAUAACAGUUAUCCUACAAGAGAGAUGCCUAUGGAAGAUCAGUCCUGUUGAAAAUUUUGUGCAGGUUCUUCAGAAGUGCAUCAUUCUGAAUUCUGAGAUUGAGCACUCCCAAACCUCUUCCUUUCUUUGCAUUGGUGUUGCCUAUCAAGUUAAAAUCACGA